AUGAAGUUCGUGCGCUUUUUGCUGUUGUGUUUCCUCGCCGUAUGUUUAUUGUGUUUCACAGCGAUUUUGCUGCUUCCCAGAGUCAACGAAAAGAACAUUAUACGUUUGCCGAGCAAGGCGAUUUCGGAGUACGCUGAUUUCUUCGCUGCCAAGUUCAGUCACGCGUACGGGUGAGUGAAAGCCGCUUGUGAAUUUGUCCACUCUUUGCUGAUUUCAAUUGUUACGGUGUGUAGCGGCAUAAAAAGCCCAUUCGCCACGCCAUCGAAUCCUAGGUCAGAAAAAUCAAAAGCCACAGUGUUGGUAUUCGUAACCAAAAUCAUGAACGCCGAGCGCAAGCAAAGAUCGAUCACUAUGAACAUUUUCAGGCAGCUUUAUUUUUCCAACGCGUUUGUUGUUUGUUUUUCUUGAAGGACCUACCGCUCUUCAGAAGCGAUUUGAUUGGUUAUGUCUUUGAGCUGAUAUCCCCCUGUGAUGUAUUUGGGUUGUAUUUUUUAAAUGCCACUGUCGUCAACAACUCGCCCGAUCUAGAAUCAAUUGUUGGUAAAGUUUUCAUUUACCGAUUUCCUCAGUUUUGUGACAGACGAUAGUAAAUCAGUUUACUGUAUUUUAAAGCCUCAGUAUAACGAAGCGUGCUUGGAAGGUUUAUAAUUUAAACCCCCAGCCUGAAAAUAUUUUUGUCAUCAUUUCGCGACCCGUGAAAUGAACAAAUGGCAUGGUGAUAACGCAGUGGUGGCGUCGCGGAAUGGUGGCUGUUUGCCUGCGUGCAGACGUCUCCUAUUUCCUUUGUUGCACGCGGAAAAGGGACGACGUCCCUUUUCUGCGUGCAACAAGGGAAAUAGGAGACGUCUGCACGCAGGCAAAGUGGCUGUUUUCUCAGGCUUAUUUGACCCACACAAGGAUUUUACAUCAUAUGGGGCAGGAGACCGUCCUCUGGCGAGGCCCUUUUACCGCUUUUACCGAGCAGCAAAAUGACAAAUAAGCUCUUUAGGGAUCUUUAAUGAGGAUCGAGGAUCCCGAUAUUUUGCCCAAAGAUCACAGGGGGUACUCAGGAUUUCAAGUGAGGGGGUGAUCGAAUGGGGGCGGGGGGGCGGGGGGGUUCCGUAAGGCUUCCAACAAAACCCAAAAAUUCGCUGGGCCAAAAAUUAACCCCCAAAAAAUCCCAUGCCGAAUUUCCGAACCUUAAAAUUUUCCAGAAAGCAUUAAAUGAUAUAACAUGUGUCAGAGCCAAUAUUUCAGUAUAAGAUUCAAUAUUUUAUUCUUACCUUUAAAACGGAACUCAGUUUUAGCAGAGUUAACUUUUCACCAUUUCAAAUAUGAUUUCAAAACAAUGACUUUGAGAUCGCAGAAAACCGUGACUUUGCAAAGAUGAAAGUUUAUAUUCAGCUUGGAAAAGUUAUUGACGUGAGCCGCACACACAUUCCACUGAAGGCUUUGAUGAUUCCCUUGAAACUUGUGAAAUUGAGAGGUGUAGUGUGAGUGAACCAGUAUCCAAAACACAAUUAUUGUGCCCUGGCGUUUACCACAAAAAAAUGUGGUCUCGGGUCGAUCUUUAAUUAGACUACGAGUAGUCCCCCAAUUUUCCUCAGGGAUAGUAGAGCGUGCGAAACGCGAGCACGCGUGAAAAUCACCCCACGCGAGAAAAGGCGACACGCGAAAUCUUUAAUAUCAUCACAAGUUAAGAAGACUCGCCAAUAACGGUUUCAUUUUAUAGUAAAUUUCAGUAAUUGUCUACAUGUGGAAUUCCCAAUACACAAAAUUAAUGAUUACAAAGCCGCUUUUCUCAAAAUAAUUCUUCUGCACCGAAAGGGAAAAUGCCAGUGCGAUCCGAUCCGGAGUCCGGUCCGAUCCGUAGUCCGAUCCUGGUUUUAUUGACGACCCCAAAAAUCUCCACUUAAAUCCAGCCACCCCAAAAAACACUUGCCUAAUUUUCCUAUCCAAAGAAAUCCCGGAAUCGAAAAUUUCAAACACAAAAAAAAAACCUUUGAUCCCCUCCUUCACCUGAAAUCCGGAGAUCCUCCCCGGACAAAGAUAACCCUUGCAGUAGACUAUUUUCAAAAAGUAUAUUUAAAACUUCAGCGAUUGUUUAUAUUUCUGAAAUUCGCGAAAUAUUUAAAAGUGCGGUUUUUCUUGUUCAUCAAGUAUCCAAGAUAUGGCGUGAGGACGAAGCUCAGCCGAAGUCUUAACUAAAUAAAAUCAGUUGACCUUAAAUAAAAACAAUUCCAAAACAGCCAUUCUUCUUUCAAAAUUUCAAACUUUUCAAAUAUGACAAUACUUUGUUUUUUCAGGGCAUUUCGCCUUCGGGGACCGGUGGUUACUUGGGUUAAUUUUUCCUGGGUAUGUGCCGCUGGUCUCUCAGAACAUACCGUAAAACUCUGAAAAUCAGCCCCUCCAUGUAUAAGCCCCCCAAACCAGUAACGCAAAAAACCCUCCGUUAAAUCGCCCCUCCAAAUAUAAGCCCCCCGGGGGCUUGUUCUUGGAAAAUUGCCCUCAAAUACAAAGUAAAACAAAGCAAAAAUGGUAAAUUUACUUCUAACUAUAAGGCUAACCCAAUCGAUUUUGAAACGCAAAUUUCCCUCCAUAGAUAAGCCCCUCCGAAUAUAAGCCCCUCAAAAAAUAAGCCCCUCAAAAAGGCCCUUUGAAAAAUAUAAGCCCCGGGGCUUAUUUUCGGAAUUUUACGGUAGCCAUUAGGCUACUACUAGGAAGUACCCCCGGGCUUUAGGGCUGGCGCAAGGGUUACUCCAGUACUCGCACAUUUCUUCUUUUUCUGCGCGACGUAUUUACAAGGCAGGUAGGUUUACCUUGGCGCUACCUCAGUGCUAGGGUUACCUUAGCAAGAGAAUUACCCUACCUGCCUUGUAAACGCUUGGCGCGUAUUUUGGGCGGGCGAAAGCUGCCUGUUUUUAUUUUCGCAUUGUUACGUUUUAGCCGCCGUCUUUGAUCUUAUGACAGAGGAAGAUUGGGGAAUGUAGAAAUAGCAGUCCUUAGGACCGGUUAUUUAAACGAAGUGUAACCUAAGCCGCCGUUAUGAUAAAUCUUUGGACCUCCCAGAUCUCUUCCUUAGUGGCUUAUUUUGAGAAGAUAAAUGCUUUUCUAGUCUACAUUAUAAUGCUUUCAUAAAACUUUCACAAUUAAUGGUGUUUAGGUGAAACCGUUGGGCAAAUUGAAAAUGGCUUAGAACGUGGUUUUGUUAAACACUGGCUAAACUUUGUUUGAACAACUGGCCCUUAGCUUUCUUAGGGGGAAAGAAGGAGAUGGGAGAAGGGGAGGAGAGAAAAAAUACUUCUAUUUUCAGUUUUUAUGUUGCUGUUGUUGUUUUUAGCAACGAAGAAGCAAAUAUCAAGGCAGUUGGUUCGUCAAGAAAACAGUCCGUUCCUGCUGGUCUCCUAGCGCCACAGAACGGAGAGCUGAAUUUAAGAAAUGUCAGCAACGUUGAUCGCGAGUUUGAAGAAUUAUUGCGGGGAGUAAAUAAUCAGGAUGAGGAAAACAGCAAAGAGUCGUUAGAAGGCAACUUGGUUCUCCGUAGCUGUCUUUGUCCUUAAGAAUUUAUACUGCUUAAUUCCAUUUCUUUAAGACCAGAAAUAGUCCGCGUUUGAAUUGAAUAAAGUAGUAUUUGCCUCAAAUUUAGAUCGGCCUAAAAACAAAACGUUACUGCCAAAUGGACCUCUUCCGUCCAACAGUUUUUUUGGUCAAAAACUUUCUCCAAAGGAUCCAUUAUAAGAACUAAGAGUGUCCCAUUGCUUUGUUCUCUUCUCCUCCUUUCUUCCUAAUCGUUCUUUCUCUUUCUCCUUUCCUUUUCGUUCGUUUGUGUUAUAUUCGAACUUUUCGGGCGCAAAAACCUGACUUUUGACGCUUUUUCGCUUCAGUGACUGCAAAUUUCGUUAGGUUCGUCUUCAAAAAAUCGGUUAGAUAAACAGACGUACUCCUUGUAAGCGACCAACUACAUUGUAUUCAAAACACCAGAAUUUUCCCAGUCUAAUCACUUUAUAUUUGGAACCCCUCGUAAGCGACCGCGAUCACCUUUUUUUUUUAUGACGGAUUGGAAUUUUCCACUGUUUUUAUUCUCCCGUAAGCGACCAAUUGAGGCAUUGUUCGAUCUCUUUGUUCGUUGUAUGUACUGCACUAGUCAGGUUAUGCGAAGACCUUUUUGUGACAACAUGAAACUACACAUUUCAUAGACUAGUAGAAACUGCACGCAAUGCGUUCUUCUCUAAAAUGUACGUGUGUGUCGAUCCGCACCUUUUCUAUGAAGGGACCCUCUCUAGUAGUUCGAUUUGUGUAAGCGAUCACUAAAUCGUUUCAUUUUUGGUGGACGCUUACGGGAGGUUCAGCUGUAUUAGAGAGAUUUAGAGUGACGUUUACGGCAAACGGCAAACGUGAAUUUAUAUCACGUGACCAAGUUUUCUCAUUACCUGUUGUUCAUUGUUCAUUACUUCUGCAAAGAGUUUAAGAAUUUUUACGUCAUUUUUAUCCAUAAAAAUUGUUGAGCUGCUUUUAUUUUUGCCUGUUUUUUAUUUGGAGAAAUUCUUAACUUGAAUCUGACGUUUGCCGUUCCCCGGGUUCUCUCAUACCCGUCGUUACGGAGCGACGGGUAGGAGACAGAACCUGGGAAAGAGGUUUGUAAAGGUGACUCUUAACCUCUCCUUUACUUGUUAGGCGGUCACGUGGUAGCAACUCGGUAAUUAACAGUUUGUGAUAUCGCUCGGUUGACAUUUCGUAGCCUGUUCCAGUCGUUCAGAUAGUGGAAUCAAAGAACGGGGUAAAACUAGGGGGAGGAGGAGAGGGAUGUGCUCUAACCCCCUACCCCACCCCCUUGAUAUUGUUCCUUCUCACAUCUUUUAUAUAUUACAAUUCUAACAUGACUCCGAGGCUGUAGGAUCAAAAUUGCAAAUUUUUCACGACUCCAUUGUCUCGCAAUUCCCAGAAGAGAAUUGAGCACAAGAAACCCAAACCAAAUAUAGAAAAAUGACCAGAAAGCCUCAGAGUCAUGUCAGAAUUUUGAUAUGGGCUACUUGCUUAGAGCUUGAGGAAUGUAACAAGAAUUGCACGUGAUAGUUGACCAGUUAUAUAAUAAGGUCUAAAUUACAUAUCCUAAACUGUCGGACUGCUCUGAAAUUUCGGCAGUCAUCUGAAAAAAAUUUAUUUUAUCUUUCUCUAUGCAUUAUUUCCUUUAAAUCAGUUUCAGUCAUUUUUUUUUUCAACAGCUGCAAGCCUUAUAACCACAUCGCGUUUCUCAAAACACACAAAACCGGAAGUAGUACGCUUACCAACAUUCUGAACCGUUAUGCGGAUCUCCGAGAGCUCAUAAUCGCACUUCCGAUGAGGCAUCUUUACCGUUUCGGCUGGCCGAACUAUUUCCACUGGAGUAGCGUCGACUUGUGGCGUCUUAAUGGCAAACCUGCUAGUGUCCUGUGCAACCAUGCACGUUACAGGAGACCGCUAAUGGACGUAGUCUUGCACAGUGACACCAAGUUUAUCACAAUACUCCGUGAUCCAGUAUAUCAAUUUGAGUCAACGUUUCACUACAUGGAAUUGUAUCGGUUUCUUAGACUGACCAAUUACUCGAACCCUUUGGAGGUUUUUCUGACAAAUCCCCAUGGUUACCUCAGAAACUUAGCAAGAACUGAAACGCCGUUCCCUGAAUCAAUGCAUCUUGUGCGAAACGGAAUGUUCUUUGAUUUGGGCCUGGCUCCUUUAGCACAGGACAACGAUGAGGAAAUUCGUAACGCCAUAAAGAAAAUCGAACGUGAAUUUACUUUGGUUCUUAUGAUGGAGUAUUUCGACGAAAGCCUUGUUCUUCUCAAGCGAGAAUUUUGCUGGGAUUUAGACGAUGUUAUUUACAUUAAACAAAAUGAACGGAAAGUCGGUACAGAUACUUCCAAAAAGGUUCUUUCUCCGCAGCUAAAAGAAAAGAUACGCGCAUGGAAUAAAGCGGACGUGCUGCUCUACGAUCACUUUAACAAAACUUUCUGGGAGAAAAUUAAACAACAUGGACGUGGUUUCUACAAAGACCUCGAGGAUUUAAGGCGAAAGAAUCGUGAAAUGUACCAUGACUGUGUUUCACCAGAAGAAGUAACGGAAACUGCGUUUCGAUUAACCGGAAAAAUUCGAGGGUUUAAGCUUAACGAGGGAGUCUCUCGCUUUAACAAGUAUUUAUGCCAAAAACUGCUUAGAAAUGAGAUAGAUUAUAUUAAUUAUUUUAGAGAAAAACUUCACCCGUACUCGGAGUAUCAGAAGCAACUGAGAGCUGCGGGAAGGGCCCCACCUCUAGAACAAGCUGCAAGCAAUAUCAUUACUAACAGGAUUAAAGCAAUGCGGCUCCGACUUUUAAAUUCAACAGGAAUCAUGGGUGUCCAAUCGCAGCCUAGACCUCAAAGAGUACAAGACAUUUCUCAAAGAGUACAGGGCGCCGCCCAAAACGUGCGGGUUGUCCCGAAAAGAGCGCAGGUCGCCGCCCAAAACGNAGCUUAA